AUGAGCAAUCCUGCUAAGUCUAUUCCAGUACCUUCACAGAGCCCUAUAUGGAUGAGUUUAAAACAUUAUCGAGGCCAAAUAAAAAGCAACGAUAAAGUCGAUAAAUUUUACGAAUGGGAUCAUACACAUGGUGAUAUUGAAGUGUACAACAAGCGAGGUGAACAUUUAGGCACCAUGGAUGGCAAUACUGGUGCGAUGAUCAAGCCAGCUGUUAAAGGUCGCAAGAAAAACUUCGACUAA